AUCCACCUUUUCUGUCAGUCACCAUGUCUUUUAAUGGAAAAUACCAGCUGGAGUCACAGGAGAACUUUGAGCCUUUCAUGAAGGCUCUUGGUCUUCCUGAUGAGCUCAUCCAGAAAGGUAAAGACCUGAAAAGCAUCUCUGAAAUUGAGGAAAAUGGGGACAAUUUCAAGGUGACUGUCACCACGGGGUCAAAAGUCAUUACCAAUUCCUUCACCAUCGGAAAGGAGACAGAGCUGCAAAACAUAACUGGAGAGAAGAUGAAAGGAGUAGUGAAUCGGGAGGGCGGUAAGCUGAAGGUUUCUCUUAAAGGAAUUGAGUCUGUAACGGAAAUGGUGGAUGCCAACACGAUCGUAAAUACGAUGACUGUUGGUGACAUUGUUUACAAGAGAAUAAGCAAACGCAUGUAAAUGUUUACACUUGGAAUAAUAAAAAAAACUUGAAAGCUGCAA